CCCCUCCCCCACCGUCGGGCUCCGAGGCUGCGACUGCAGCGGAUCCCGAGCCUAGCCGCUGAGGAGGAGGAGGAGGAGGAGGUGGAGGAGGUGGAGGAGGAGGAGGCUCCGGUCCCCGCGCGCCAUCCGCCGCCCUACUGGACACGGGCGAGGGAGCGAGAACGUCGCCACUGUCGCCUCCAGAGAAGACAAGGGCACCGCCGCCGCCUCAGCCGCUACCGCGGUUUUCUCCAGCUGUAGCUCCCGGGAUCCUCAGUCUUCCAGAAUGAAUCCUGUUUACAGCCCCGUGCAGCCUGGGGCUCCUUAUGGCAACCCUAAGAACAUGGCCUACACGGGGUCUCACGUUUAUGCCUGGGCCAGCCUGAACCACAAUCCUCCUACUUAUUCCUCCCUUGAAGCUGAGAUAACAGGUUACCCUACAGCCUACCCAGCAGCGGCCCCUGCCUACAAUCCCAGCCUCUACCCAGCCAAUAGCCCCAGUUAUGCUCCAGAGUUUCAGUUCCUGCAUUCAGCUUAUGCCACUCUGCUGAUGAAACAGGCCUGGCCACAGAACUCGUCUUCCUGUGGCACUGAAGGCACCUUCCACCUUCCAGUGGACACCGGGACUGAGAACCGAACUUACCAAGCAUCUUCUGCAGCUUUCAGAUAUACUGCAGGGACACCAUACAAGGUCCCACCAACCCAGAGUAAUACUGCUCCACCCCCCUACUCCCCGUCACCCAACCCCUAUCAGACGGCCAUGUAUCCAAUCAGAAGUGCCUAUCCCCAGCAGAACCUGUAUGCCCAGGGAGCCUACUAUACACAGCCAGUGUACGCUGCUCAGCCCCACGUCAUCCACCACACCACGGUCGUCCAGCCCAACAGCAUUCCCUCUGCUAUCUACCCGGCGCCCGUUGCUGCCCCGAGGACCAAUGGCGUGGCCAUGGGCAUGGUGGCAGGCACCACCAUGGCGAUGUCAGGUACCUUGCUGACUACACCCCAGCACACUGCGAUCGGGGCUCACCCUGUGUCCAUGCCCACAUACAGGGCCCAAGGAACCCCGGCGUACAGCUAUGUGCCCCCGCACUGGUAAAGCCUGCAGCCCGUCCACGUCUGGAGUCACACAUUGUAUGCAACUCCUCAAGUCUUACACCGGUGCUGGAGCAGUCCCCUAGCAGCACCACCUCGAUUCGCAAGAAGAGACAACGGAAGUGCAAGGGUCACUUUAUGCAUCUUUAAUGGUUUUGGUUUUUAUUUUUGGUUUUUGUAAAAGCUGCUUUUUCUAAUCUCCUGCCUCUCUCCCCGUGGUCCCGACCCCCUCUUAGCCACUGCCCUUCCAGCACACCUCCCCUCCCCCACCCCAACCCAGCCCUGUCCUCUGCACUUGUUUUCUUCCCCAAGUGUCCUGUCCCCUGGAUCCCAGCCCAGUGGCACGCAGAGGGGGGGUUGAGGCUCGAUUUUAUUUGAAAAGCAUGAACAGGUCUGAGGUGAGAACCCGGAGCUCUUGAGCGACUUGUUCCUGUUCUUAAGAGUUCAGGACCUUACCACGUCCUGACCAAAGAAAUGUCUUCGGAGAGUCAUGGCAACAGACCAAGAACAAAACCACGCGAUUCUGUAGACGUGUUUGUUAUUAGCAGCUUCACACCCCGGGCUGGGAACCUGGGGAACGCAGUCUUUGGGGAAGGAAAGCAGGGAGGGAGGUGCUCGGCGGAUGCUUUGCUUUGAAAGGUCUCUGGCUAUGUCGUCUGGGCCUGGACCUUCCGAUUUGCACAGCGAUGUUAACCGACCUGGCACUUCCUCAACAGAUAGUUUCCACCUCAGACUUGCCAAGCAGCUGCAGGCUGGUGGGAGCCCAGAGUCUGCAGCCUGGGGGAGGCCGGAUGCCUGGCGUAACCCGGACCUCGGCCUCUGAGCCUUCCUGGACCCACUCCAGUGAGGAGCUUCCUCCUGACUAGAGCGGGAACCUGUGGCAUUUCUCUCCCUUGCCCUUCUGUCCUUCCAAGUGCCGGGGCUCACCUGUCUGUCUGUGAGGCUGGCAGGUAGGCCAAGCUCUUGGUUACCUUGUGCCAUUCAUGGCCAGAGUAAAGGAACCACAUUCCAGGUGGGUGCUGGUGGCUCUGAAGGUCAGGAUAGUGAAGGAAAUGUAAUAGCAAUAAUCAUUUCAUAGACUCAUGGAACUGAAGAGACCUUAGCAAUCAUCUCAUCCAUUCCCCUAUUUGACAGGUGAGGAAACUGAGGCCACGAGAAGAGGAAAGGACUUUCCUGGCAGCCUUCCUGCCUAGUGGCAUGUUGCCUACAAAAAUUUAGCUAGGAUUGGAUUGGCUUGGUUCUGUAAAAAUUAAGUCAGCAGCACCCAUACCCGGCAAGCUCUGCAGUGAUCUCUGGGUCCGCUUCUGCUCUUUCCCCUAAGGAUCCCAAAGGUGGGGGCCGAAGAUGGGGACAGCGGCCACAUGGGGGCAGGGGCAGGAACAAAUUGCAAAUGAAGAAAUAGCAUUUGGAAAUUCUGUGAAGACAUCUGGAACUUGCGUCCUGUUCCUGAUUCUCCCCUUAGGAAGAGGAGCAGGUGGGCUGGCUGGAGAGGAGAGGCCGUGCUUUCAGGACAGUAGGCCCUCACCCUGAGAAGAGAGGAGAGUGGGAGCCAUCAGGAGGGAAGGACGAGUGUGAGGCCCGGCAGGAUGGGCUUGCCUGGGGAGCAGAGGCCCCCGCUAGUCUCAUCCGGGAGCCUGGAUUGCCCAGCGCCAGCCGCCUUCCUCUCGCCACCGCUCGCUGAGCCGGCAGCCCCUCCGGGGUAGAGCAGGAACAUUACUGUACAAAAUGGGAUCAUUAACAACACUUGGGACUUUCAAAUAACUUUUCAUUUUAAAUUCAUGUAAACUUCCAGUGUCCCCCCAAAGGAGGAGCACAAUCAGGAAGCCUCGGGCUAGGACCUCCAAGGCUCUCUGGCUGUUCGCAGGAGGGAAAGGCUAUCAGCAUCCUUGGCCUAGCACAGGAGCCUGGCGGCGGCCUUCCCAGCCCCGCAGGGAAACUUGAGGACCAGUAAGAGAAGACCCCGCUGUGCGAGGGCUCUGCUGGAGGUGUGCGGACAGGGUUUCAUUGUAUCACAACAAAGUUUCCAGUGUUCAUCCAUUUUUUUUUGCAGUGCCCCCCCCCACCUGCUUUGGUUUUGUACAGGUGGGUACAGUUGUUCUAGAUUAUGUCAUAUGUGUUUGAAAAAAAUGCCAAAAUAAUAAUGAGUAAUAACAGGAAAUCUUUGCAUUUGUCAGGUGCUUCAUAGAUUUCAAAGCACUUCACAGCCUUUAAUUUACUCGUCCUGGGAGAUGACAGGAUUAGCUGCUCCACCCAUUUGGGAAAGGAGAAACAGGAUAGGAAAUGGCCCCAAAUUGAACCGAGUGCUGGAAUCCUGACAGGGCUCUCACCCCGCUGCCUCCCGAGGGACUGUGGGACUGAAGAGGAAAAGGAAACAUAGGGAUGACCUUGUCACUUUCGUUCUUUCCACACCAGUAACUAAAAACUAAUACUUGUACCUCGCAGCUCACCGAGUUCACCCUCCAGUGUAUGGUUUAUCCCUGACCGAGAAGCGAAGCCGGGGCUGGCCGCCGGCCCUCCCCAAGGCGUCGCUUCGCACCCUCACUUAGCCCUUGUAGAUUGUUCAAGAUCGAAGGGAGGCCCAAGGUGAGAAGGCAUUGCGAUGCUGUCAUCUGCGGAGCCAGACCCAGCACGGGAACCCUGGCACAGCUGGCUUCACCCUCGUAUUUGACAAAGAUCCACAAGCCUGGCCAAGCUUGGGGAGUCACUGCAGAGGGACUGAGCCAGGAAAUCCAGGCAGUGUUCCCAUCCAGUGAGGUGAGCAUGGCUCCCAGCAAGGUCCCAGGCACUGACAGGAGCGGAAGUCCUAGGUCAUCCAAAGACUGGAUGACCCCGGGCUGCUCAGAGCUGGAAGGGCCUCCCGUCCCCAGACAAGGGAUAUGCGCGCUUGCCAGCGAGCACACCUCCUUCCCAGGCCCCUGCCUCUCCCAGCUCAGCGUCUUAGUGAUUGAGGCCAGGGAUAAAUAUUCCACUCACCGGGCAACUCUGCCAGUUCCCCUCACUGCCACCUGACCUUGCCCUCAGCAGCCUGGGGCCCGGGAAUUGAGUCUGGAAACUGGAUUGCCCUGACUUGUGAAAGUCUGAAACAUAACUUUUCCAUGUUUUAGAAAAGGAUAAACAAAAAACAAAAAUGGAUUUGUCCCCAUGAGCUAGCAAGUGUGCUGCUCCUCAUUUUUUGCAGUGGCCCCGACAUGCGCUGUCCUCCUCGAAAGGUGGCCAGACCUCUUUUCAUAUGCAAAGGACUGUAGCAGUACUGUAGGUUGCCAAACUCCCAUUUUACAAAAAGCUAAUUCUCCAAAGGGCUAGGGGUCCUCCCAAGUAAAGCCGCGUGCUGCCCCCUGCUGGCGUCCAGGUGGUAAGCGGGAGGAGGGAGGGGCCGUCUGCCUCCACGCUGGGAAGACUGGAGACGCGGGAAGUUCAGUUUUCUUGGCUGAGCAGACUUCCAUGGACUUCUGCGUUGGGCCAAGGCCCAUGAUGGCCCCGGGGACCCAGAAGCAUAUCAAGUGGCAGCACAGGGCAUGAGAAUUUGCAACUAAAGACCUCACUGGAACAAAACGCUUAGAGGUGACAGUGCCUAGUACUGAAGAUGUGUUCAAGGACGGUGCCAAGCAUCUUCAGGAGGCCAGCACACACUCGCUUUCUGACCCCUCUCCAGAUCUAGCAAGAUGCAUAGCAAAGAGGUCCCGAGUGUCCCGAAAACAUCCCAACUGCAAUUCCUCAGAUUGCUUUUUCAUGGUGAGAACCAGGUCCUAGAGAGACACGGAGCAAUCUUUUUCCCCUGGCUACCAAAAUUGUUCCAAAUUUGAAAUAUUUUCCUCCCAUAGACCUGGGGGCCCUUCUUCGGAAGGUUUUCCUGUUUAGCCUUCAGAAAUGAAUCAUAUGGAACUUAAAAGUAGGACAAGCCCUUUGGUCACCACGUUCUGGCAUCCUUGUUAUCCAGGCUGAGCCAGGCCCCGCGCCCUGCCUAUCAAAGUCCUUAGCUCUGCUUUCUGCCCAGAGGGGGACAGGCCCCGCUCUGGGCUCUGUCAUCUUUGCCGCAUUCUGGCUGAAUCAGUCACCGUCACUGCAUUCCGGGUGAGCUCGGCUUCUCCAUCUUGUGGCCCCAUCGCUGCCGGUGUGCAGCCCCCUGCAUGUCGCAAGUCUGGGGAUCUAGAGAGGCAGCAGGAGGAGAGUGGACAGAAGGGAGGCAGGCUCCUUGCCGGUGUGCAGCCUCCUGCCGGUUAGGCCAACCCUACCUGUGGAAGCAGGGUUAGUGGAGGAAACCUAGCCAGGCUUUCGAAGCCUGCCAGACUGACAUCAGAGUCUGUCCUUUACCCAUCCAUGUCCACUUCUAGGAAACGUCUGAAAUUUGGCAUUACAGGGUUCCAAGACCUGACCUUCAAAAUUCCCGACAGGCCAACUUCAACAUUCCAUGGCCAGUCUUGCCUGAGCCUGACCUAGGUCCCGUUCCCUCAUCCUACCUUGCAUGCUGUCGGGGCCAGCCAAGAAACACAGGGGUGGAGACUGGCUGCCACAAAGCUGAGUGGGACCCAACAGCACAUGCCUCCCUAGCUGCAUCAAUAGCCCAGGUAUCCUGGCUGUGGUCAUGAGUCCCAACGCGGUCCUGAUAGGGAUUUUCUUCCUGAAGAGAACAGAACAGCUUUGCCUGUGGGUACAGCCGUCCUCGGGCUCCAGCCUUCUUCCUCAUGCCUAGAAGUCAGGGAAAGUGGAACUGGCCCAGAGACCUCCUUGGGUCAGUUGGAUUGUCUGGAUCUGGGUUGUGACUUGUGUCUCUUCACCCAAAAGAGGCUGGCAGGGCUUCUGGCACCUGAAGUCUGAUGGUCUCUGAAGGCCCAGGGCCUGUCUCCUCCUGACUUCAAGGCAUCUGCAACCCUCUUUCAUAUCACACAGCAGAGAAGCUGUUCUCAUGGCAUGUAACAUCCCUGUGAAGAGAGCGUUGUAUAUGAUUUUGUAUUUUUAAUUCAUUUUAAUCUACAGGUUGGAAUCUAAUUUUUAAAUUUUAUUGGAACUCACAUUUUAAAAAUAAAAAUGUUUAAAAAUGAUAAUAAUAAUAAUAACCUUUGAACAGUGUCCUCCAAGUAGUUUGAUCAAAGAAUUUAGAGGUGUUUUCAAAACACAGCCUGGAGUGAUGACUGGAAAGCCUUGUGGCCUCGCUUGUGUGUAUGAAGUGUAAAUCUGGUUUGGUUUUAUUGUUUUGGAUUCCUUUGGGUUUUGUUUAGUUUUGUUUUGAAGAUCAGAUAGUGAUCACUCUGAAAGACUGAAGCCAAGAGUUUGUAACUAUGAUAUUUACUGUAAGCUGUAGAACAUUCAAUAACUAUUAAAAAAAAAAGUUUCCCAAAAAAGAAAAAAAAAGUC